CGGCGUCAUGACGUAAGUGGACAGUGCGUGACACAGCUAAACAGACGAGGAGCUUCACAAACAAGGCAGCGGACGUCAGGAGCUCUGUAACUAAACUACAGACUAAAACACUUUGGGGGGAAAAAUAUAGAGUUAUAUUGGCUGGAAGAAUACAGUGAUUUUCUUUUUACAAAACCAAAGACCGGGAAGAAAACCGCGACUGAAUAAAAACCUGUCAUUUUCGUCAGAAGACCCAUUUAAAAAAUGGAGUUUCCAGAUUUGGGAGAGCACUGCUCUGAGAAGACCUGCAAGCGUUUAGAUUUUCUUCCAAUGAGAUGUGAUGCCUGUCAGGAGAUUUUCUGCAAGGAUCACAUCACCUAUGCAAAUCACAAAUGCACAUCAUCCUACAAAAAGGAUGUCCAGGUUCCAGUUUGCCCGCUGUGUAAUACUCCCAUUCCCAUCAAAAGAGGCGAGAUGCCCGACAUUAAAGUGGGAGAACACAUCGACCGGGACUGCAAAUCAGACCCUGCACAAAGAAAGAGAAAGAUCUUCACAAAUAAAUGUUCUAAAGGUGGCUGUAAACAAAAGGAAAUGAUACGAGUCACCUGCGACCAGUGUCAUUUAAAUUAUUGUCUCAAACAUCGACACCCACUAGACCACGACUGUAAGACUGAUGGGAAGUCUCUUUCCAAACCUGGACAUGCUGCUGUAAUGAGGUCCCAAGGUGCUUCCUCUUCGUCUGCCUCUGGUUCUCGUUCAUCUGCUUCAGGAAACCCUCGGCCUGUUUCUAAUGGUGUUACUGUAAACAACAGAGCUUACGGCUCAGGCUCUGCCCCGCGGAUUCCUACAUCCGUUUCAGCACAGAAUGUAAUUCCCCCCUCGGCAUCCUUUCAGGCCGGCAUGACAGAGGAACAAGCUUUACAAAGAGCGCUGGAGAUGUCUUUGGCUGAUUCGAGGCCAGCUGUUCAAGCAACCCCCAGCCCUCAGGAGCAGGAGGACCUGGCUCUGGCUCAGGCUCUGGCCGCCAGCGAAGAAGAAUACAGACGCCAACAACAGAGACAACAGGUACCCGGAAUUUAGGCACCAGUAGCAUGCUUACGGGAACACAUGGAAGAGAGACCAAACAGUCCACCUGCUGCCUUUCUUAGCCUUGGAGCCCCAUUUAUGCUUCAAGCUGUGCUAAUGGUUUGCUAGAUAAUGUACUUCUCAGAUGUCAGUACCCAGAAUGAUUGAUUGUUCUAUGAAGAAUUGCUCUUGAAAGUUGCUGCAAUCUUGCCACCUUCCACGUAUAAGCACAUACACUUUUCAGCAGGAUCUGUCAUUUUUAUUGAAUUAGUUGCUCUUGUGAAUAUUUUAUAUGCUAAUCAUGAUGACUCUAUUAUAAUGCCUCAUAUAGAUGUUGGAUAAAUUAAAGGUGCACUUAAAUUUUAA